UAUGGAGCAAGCCAGUUGCAACAGCAGCCAAACAGGAAAUGACGUGGCACACUUACUCGUAAAAGUUAUCCAAUACCUACGUAAUGAUAUAAGUAGCCUUAAUGUUAAGCCAGGGCCACAGAAUUAUGACAGUGUAGAGGCAGGCAAAAGUCCAGAAGUAAAGAGAACACAAAUAAACAAAUAAAGUCCACUUUUAGAGGAGCCAGAAUGAGAGAGUAUGAUGAGAUGACGUCCUUUUUGGGCACGUGGGGCCCCUUUCAGCAGCAGAUCUUUUUCUUCCUCUCCAUCAGCAUCUUGCCCAACGGACUGGUCGGACUUUACAUCGUGUUUGUGGCCGACACGCCACCCCACGAGUGCUCGAUCCCGCGGGAGAGCAACGUCAGCGAGGGCUGGAGGAACGUGAGCAUUCCUCUGGUGGUGGUGCAGGACAGGGGGCUGCAGAGGAGCUCCUGCACCAGGUACCGGCUGGAGCUGCUGAGGAAUUUCUCGCUGCUGGACUACGUCCCCAACGUGGAUGUCAACGUCAGUCAGAUUCCGCAGGAGAGCUGCCUGGAUGGCUGGGAGUACAGUAAAGAGAUCUACCAGUCCACCAUCAUCACUGAGUGGGACCUGGUGUGUGAGAACGAAUACAAAGGACCCCUGGCCUCGUCCAUCUACUUCCUGGGUGUGUUGGCCGGCACGUUCGUCUCUGGACAGUUCUCCGACAGGUAUGGAAGGCGGCCUGUGCUUUUUGCCACUAUGACCAUACAGACUUUGACCAUAUUCAUCCAGAUCUUCUCCCCCAGCUGGGAGGCCUUCAGCGUCAUCUUCUUCUUCGUUGGCUUCAGCGGUUUCUCCAACUAUGUCAUCGGCUAUGUGCUCGGCUCGGAGAUCCUGAGUCCAGCCACCCGUGUGGUGUUCUGCUCCCUCGGGGUGUUCAUGGCGUCCGGGUUGGGGCAGAUGCUCUUGCCCCUGUUUGCCUACUUCCUGCGGGACUGGAGGCUCCUGAUCAUCCCUAUGGCCGCUUCAGGGAUCCUCUACAUCCCCCUGUGGUGGCUGAUUCCUGAGUCGCCCCGCUGGCUUCUGUCCCAGGGGAGAGUGGAGGAGGCUGAGGCCAUACUGAGGGACGCAGCCAGGAUGAACAAGGUCCCCAUGCCUGAAGUCAUCUUCACGCCUGAUGAGAUCGCAGAAGCACAGGCAAAGAAGCAGAAGAAGUACAACAUGCUGGACAUUCUAAGGGACUGCAAUGCUGUGGUCCUCAUUAUCAUCUGCUCCAUCCUCUGGAUGGUCAUCACCAUGUCCUACUUUGCUCUGCUCUUGAAUACCACCAACCUGCACGGUGAUCCGUAUUUUAACUUCUUCUUGUCCUCUAUCGUGGAGAUCCCGGCUUACGUCAUGGCCACGGUCCUGCUGAAGUGGUUCCCCCGUCGCUUCUGCCAGUCGUCCACGCUCUUCCUGGGAGGUGGCAUCGUCCUCUUCAUCCAACUUGUGCCCAAAGGUCUGCCAGAAGUGGCUAUCCUCCUGGAGAUGGUGGGCAAAUUUGCUAUCACCACAGCGUUCUGUGUGGUCUACGCCGUGACCUCUGAACUCUUCCCCACCGUGGUCCGAAGCAUGGCCAUGGGAACCUGUUCGAUGGCAGCUCGCAUCGGAGCCAUCCUCUCUCCGUUCAUCAUUUACCUGGGUCACUAUUAUAAAUACCUGCCCUAUCUCUUGAUUGGGAGUUUGGCCAUGUUCUCCGGUAUGCUGUGUUUCUUUUUACCAGAGAUGUUUGGAAAGGUUCUUCCAGACACCUUCAUUGAGAUGCAGACGGUCAGAAGAAUGGGGCGAUCGAGGACAACGGUGAUGGAAUCUAGGACCAAAGAGACUGGAGAUAUAAUUAAGGAAGCCAAAUUGUAG